AUGUCCGACAUCGAAGUGCUUAGCGAGUUCGGCGCAAAAAGAAGGCGAGGGGUUUUAGAAGCGUUUUCCACGGUCAAUAGGAUGCACUAUACAAUAUCGAGAGACGACACCACCAGCGAUCAUUCUCGACAAGAGCGAACCCUUUGGGAUUGGGCGGAGGAGACACGACAACGGCGCUCGCCGCUUUUCCCAAGUGGGCACGAUGGGUUCGCAACGAGACGCAAAAACAUACCAGAAGCUGGCGACGCUGUACUAGUUGCCCAUUUGGGGGGUGGAUCGUUGCCCGACGUUGCCCACGCUCUACCGUUAGUCGACGAUGUCUCAUCGGCGCGAAGAGAAUCCCUAUACCAGGCACGAGCACAAUCGCGCACGACUGCGUCAUUAUCUGCGAGCCAAACACACACUGUAUACCGCUACGAAACAUAUGCAUAUCGCAGUGAAGAUGAAGACGGCUCUCAAACCUCAAUCACUGAUGAAGAUGACUUCUACAACGACACUGCCUCUCUCCCUGGGGAUGAUGACAACGUCGGUUUCUUCGAAAGUGUUUCUUCGCCAGGUGAACAUGAAUGGGGCGGAGAAGAAUCGGCCACCCAAGCAAACAUUUCAUCCGCCGAUAAGCCACGCGUCCGCCAGGCUACCAGCUACGAGAAGCCGUCCCGGGACCAACAAGACGACAUCAUAGAAUUCGAACCGGAACGCCGGCGCAGAGAGGACAGGGACAGACAACGCGAGAAGCUCCCAACCAUUCGGAAACAGUUGAAAGCUUUCAAGAGGAUUUCCGAGUAA